GAUGGCUUACAACGGUUACAAUGAAUCGCUGACACAAUUUUUUUUUGCACGACAACCUAACCCUAAGAAAACUGGAGCACGGCUGCCCGAUGUGUACUUCCGUUCAUGCACCAGCGAACACUGCAUGUGAUGUGCCCAACGAUGGCCAGUGAGCUGUGCCUCCAACUCCAACAGUAGGUUUUGCAGUACAGAUGAGUUAAAACGCCUUCAGUGACUUGAUGUACAAUCUCAUCGAUCAUCACUGCAAAAGAAAGCCGAGAAAAAAGUUUGUCCAACUUUCCUGUGCUUGUAAAAAAAAGGCAUUGAGCAGUACAGUUUUAUGGUUCUGAACAUGUGUCCUUGUUGCAGUUGACUGGCUUUUCAAGCACUACGAACCAGACAUGUCACAAUAUCACGUACCACUAGUCUGUCAGCUAGCCCAAAACUGGUGUCGUCCAAUUGAGAAUUGAGAUCAAGAUUAGCCCAAAUCCCCGCAGCAAAGAAUCGAAACGAUCGACAACCCAAACCUCUCCUUCGUCCUUCUUCGUCACAAAUUUAAAGAGACGAGAGGUGGCCGAUCGACUUCUUCGUUCUUCCCCUUGGCUCGCAGGCUCGGGGGGGCUCUAGCGGAGAGGAAAGCUGCAGCCAUCAGCUGGACCAAAUAAUCCACCGGAAUCAAUCAAUCCAAGCCGAUGCCAUCUCUUAUCGACUACAGCCCGGCCGCGCUACGGUCGCUGCUCCGGCCGCCGCCCAGCGACGAGCGUCGGGCGAAGCAGUCCGGGGCGGCGGCGGGGGCCGGCGGCGCCUUGGGGCUGUUCAAGAUGUUCAAGCUCCUGCCCGUGCUCACCACGGGCUGCAAGGUGGCCGCGAUGCUGGGGCGGCACAACAACCACCGGGCCCUACUGGCCGACCACGCGCCGACGGUGACGCUGUUCGGGCACCGGCGCGGGCGGCUGAGCCUGGCCAUCCACGAGGACACGCGCGCCCCGCCCGCGUUCCUCAUCGAGCUGCCCAUGCUGGCGCCCGCGCUGCACCGGGAGAUGGCCACGGGCACCGUGCGCCUGGCGCUCGAGAGCGACACGCGCGGCGGCGCCGCGGCGCGCCGCCGCCGCCGCCCGCUGCUGGAGGAGUACGUCUGGGCGGUCUACUGCAACGGGCGCAAGGCCGGGUACGCCAUCCGCCGCAAGGACGCGUCCGACGACGAGCGCCACGUCCUGCGCCUGCUCCGCGGCGUGUCCAUGGGCGCCGGGGUGCUGCCGCCGCCGCCCGACGACAGGGCGGGAGCGCGCGCCACGGCCACGGCCACGGCCACGCCCGCCGCUUGCCCCGAUGGCGAGCUCACGUACAUGCGCGCCCGCGUCGAACGCGUCGUCGGGUCCAACGACUCUCAGGCGUUCUAUAUGAUCAACCCCGAUGAUGCCAGCGGCAACACCGCCCGUGGCGGCGAUUGCGCGCCGGAGCUGAGCGUUUUCUUUGUGAGGAACAAGUGAGAAUAUACAAAUCGACGCUAGUACGUAUCCAUAAAUAUACACUGUUCUUCUCUUUGUGAGUAAUAAAUAUAGUACAAUGCAUGUACGUGUACAUGUACAUAUGCUGUGUUCAAACAGCCACGAUAAUACUCUACAACAACGACUACGACAAAUAAAUAAAUUA